UUUUGAAGUGUCUACCGGAUGUAUUAUUUUCCGUUAGCGUCAGAUUUGACGCACGGGCCCAGUCAAAACAAUGCAGCUUAACGGGCCUGCAGUGUCUAGUUAGCCGUUAAUGUUCUACAUAUUAUUAACCGUUCACCCUGGAGUGAAGGAAAUAUCAACGCCUGGUGUUUCACUUCGGCCCGGUUUAGUCGCGUCGUCCCGGCGGUUCGUGUCGCCCGGAGCCGUGUCCGUGCUCGGGCUUCUCCCGUGGGUGUUUUUGUUUUGUUCUGGAAAUGGAGGCGGCUAACGGCCGUCUGCUGCGAGGUGUCCCGAGCGAGGAGGGGAGCGGCUGAAAACACGAAGACCACAUAAAAAUAUAACGAGGGGGAAGCGGAGAAAGGGGGUUGAGAUUAUAAAGAAAUCCGGAUUAAACCGACCUCCUGGUCGGUGGUGUAGCAUGGUGGAGUAGGCGUCUCCGGUGUCGACGCUAUCGGGCUCCUCCGACCGAUCGACCGACGGACGGUUCGCUCUCGCCGGGGAGGAUCGCCAUGGCCCCGGGCUCGCUGGUGGCGGCCUGCCGCAGCCUGGCCCUCUCUACGUGGCUGCUCUCCUUCUGCUUCGUCCACCUGCUGUGCCUGGACUUCACCGUGGCCGAGCGGGAGGAGUGGUACACCGCCUUCGUCAACAUCACCUACGUGGACCCGGCCACCUCGGAGCUCCGCACCGAGAAGACGGAGUGCGGUCGCUAUGGGGAGCACUCGCCGAAGCGGGACGCGAAGGGGGUGUUGGUCCUGCCCGCAGCCCCGCACGACCGCCAGGCCUGCGACCCCAACACCCGGUUCGCGGUGCCCGCACAGGCCGGGGCCUGGAUAGCGCUGAUAGCCCGGGGCAACUGCACCUGCAGGGACAAGAUCCGCCACGCUGCGGCUCACAACGCCUCGGCGGUGGUCAUCUUUAACGUGGGGUCCGCUAAUGCUAACGACACCAUCACGAUGCCCCAUCAAGGUACAGGUGAGGUGGUCGCCAUCAUGAUCCCUGAGCCGAAAGGUCGCGAAGUCACGUCACUUCUGGAGCGCAACGUGACUGUCACCAUGACGAUCACCAUCGGCACGAGGAACCUGCAGAAGUACGUCAGCAGGACGUCGGUGGUGUUCGUCUCCAUCUCCUUCAUCGUGCUGAUGAUCAUCUCCCUCGCCUGGCUCGUCUUCUACUACAUCCAGAGGUUCAGAUACGCCAACGCUCGAGACCGAAACCAGCGUCGUCUCGGUGAUGCGGCGAAGAAGGCCAUCAGUAAGCUGCAGGUUCGCACCAUCAGGAAGGGUGACCAGGAGACGGAGGCCGACUUCGACAACUGUGCCGUCUGCAUCGAGGGCUACAAGGCCAAUGACGUGGUCCGCAUACUGCCCUGCAGACAUUUGUUCCAUAAGAGCUGUGUGGAUCCAUGGCUGCUGGAUCAUCGCACAUGUCCAAUGUGCAAGAUGAACAUCCUGAAAGCCCUGGGCAUCGCUCUGAAUGCAGAUUGCCUGGACGACCUGCCCUUGGACUAUGACCUGGCCCUGGGUGGCGUGGGUGGGGUUGGUGUUGGUGGAGUCGGUGGAGUUGGGGCUCUGGCCCUGGAGGCCGUGGUGUCUGGAGCAUCCAGUGACGGCACGCUGAGUGAGGGCGGCUCCUCGGUGGUAUUGGACCCUGGCGUACGGCGGGUCGGACUCCCACAGGACUACCAGGACCCUGACACCCUCAGAGACAGCCCUGUGACAGCAACCACAGACACACACACAGGUGAGCUUCAGCCAAUGGCAAGCAGUGCCUCAGUGGCAUCAUUGGUCAUUGCUGUGGAAACAGGUCUAUCAGAUGAAGAGGGGUCUAUGGAGCAGUCUCAGCUGGGAGACAAAUCCUGAGAGGAGCACAACAGAACCAAACCAGAACCCAGGCCAAAACAGACUUGGAUCAGGUUCAGAUUUUUAAAAAGACUUUAGUGGACCUAAAGGUCCAGAGAGAGUGACCUGUUUGAAACCAGAUCUGAACCAAACCUGACUGCACUAGAAUAAUUAUGACCUGAGCUAGGCCCAGGACCUGGAUUCUGGUUUGGACUGGUUCCAAGUGGAAGCUAAGGCCAGACUGGGGUUUUUUUUUUUAUCUAUGGACAAAACUUUGGUAAACCAAACCAACUUGUCUGGACCCUAGGCUGGACUCAAGCCUAACUAGAACUGAGGUCUAGACUUGGGAUAGGUUUUAAUAUAAUGGAACCACGCUGAGUAAAUGUGUGUGUGUUUAAAACAGACCUAUGCGAUCUGCACUCAAAGAAACUGGUCUUAGUCUCAGCGGAUGUUUUUCCAAGGUUAAAUUGGGAUAUAACUCGGUCUACCUAUCAGUUGUCUCUCUGUGCAAAUGUCUUAAUCAACCCACAUUUGCCUCAGUCCAUGUCGUUCGAAAUAGACUAUCCAGCUCCAGGUCCUACCCAUCUGUGAUUAAUCCUGACAAGCUUUCACAGUCCUUCAGUUCCAGUAUUGUGGAACUUGUUGCGACAUUUGUCUCCUGACUUGAAGGACUUUCAAAGGGCAGACAGGAUGACGAGCUAAACAAAUCCCAAUAGACACAUUUGUAUUCACAAAACACGAGGAUGAUCAGAUUCGCCCCAGUACAUGUGUGAACAGGGUAGAACCUUUGAAAGUUGACUGCCGGAAAAGGAAGAGGAAAGGUUGAUACUCUUCUUCAUCAGCAAAUUCCAGAGAACCUUGGUGAAGGCAGGAGAACUCCAAGUUGUGUGUUUUUAAAGCAUCUGUGAGUGAUCCAGGCCAGGAAUCUAUAAAUUUACCUGCGUAUUUCUACCUGUUCUACUUCAGUAAGGAGUGCUCAAGUUUCGGGAUCUUUGCGGAUUAUUUUGUUACCUGGUUUUCCAGGUAGAGAGGCACAACAAUUAAACAAACUGUGACGGACAACUACACCGCAUCAGGGCUGUUCACUUCUUGUCCUGGUUUGAAUUCUUGGAAAAGUUAAUUUGUUCAAUUUAGCUCCUUUUUGAUUUGUCUGCUAACAUGCCAGGCUCUGUUUCUUGAUGUGUGUGAUAUCUGUGGCGACUGACUCAUUUUGGAAGGAAUACUUUUAUUUUGAAAGGACACACCAGCUACUCCGAGCAGCGAAUUCAGCUUUUUUCUUUUUUGUUUUGCUUAAACAGUGGACUCAUACAGGCAGUAUUAGAGCUACAGUGUGACUGCAGUAUUGAACAGCAACUACACAGUAUUUUGCUUUUUGUUUCUCUUUUUGCUUGUCUAUAUAUUUCUUGGCUCCUUUAUCUUUACAGUACUCUGACAGUAUUCAGAUUGGGUGCUUUCUUUCGUCAGCUGUGGCUCCAAACAGGGUUCCUAUGUACAUCUGAAAAACAGAUGACACUGAUAAAUGCUCUUGACAGUUUUAAGUUUGUACACAAAAUUAUGAGAUAUGAGGAAGGUUGAUAACGCAUAUAAUUUCUCUAACAAAUAAUGCUGAUUUUCUGACCGCAAAGCAGCAGAUGGAAAUAGAUGAAAGGUUUGACAAUUAGCAACAAAUCAGAUCGUACAAACUAUUCAGGGGAAAUGGUUACGAAAGGAAUGCCACCAUGAUGGAGGAGAGCUUUCAGCUACACCACCACCUAUUCUCCUCUUUAAAUAAUUUGUCUAUUUAUGUGAUUAAAAAACAUCUAUAAUGCUGGGCAGACACUAUAUGUAAGUUGUGUUAACUCAUACUACACAUAUUAAUUAGACAUUCACCACAGCCAGAGAAGUUUAUGCUCACAAUGGAUGGAUCAGUCAACUGGCUAACCCUGGAUAAUCCAGGGCUGUUCCUGUUUUUUUGAAAUUCUAUCUUAAGAUGAAAGAAAAUGAAUGAACUAUUCAAACUGUAAUGACAUGUUUGAAUGUUUGAGUACAAGAUGUGGUUUCAUCCACGUCCUUAGCGAUGUUGCCAAAAAGAGAAAUGCAGUGCUACUUUUUGCAGUUCUGCUAUGAAUGAAAAAGAAGGAAAAAGGUCAAGUAUGGAGCCUCAGAUGACUGGUAGACUACAGUGUCUCAGUGAAGACUACAGUCUUCACAUGUGCAGAACUGCUCAAAUAAAGUCAAGUUAUCCACAGUUUAUAAUGGAUCUUGUAGGAGGAGCAAUGUGGGAAAGUGAAAUAGCUGACCAAAAUUUCUGACCUACCAGAAAUCUAACUGGCCGCCUGAGAGUCAGAUCAUUGAUCAUUAAGGUGUUGUAUCACCCUUCACGCUGUCGGUCAAAUGACAAUCGAUCUGACAUUGGUUCGAUUCUAAGUCGGCUGGGGCCGACCAGCUUAAAGUUUAAAAUCUGGCUAAAUCUGUACAGUGUCUGCACAGCUUAGAAUGGAAAGACUUUCCUCAUCAAGUCUUCCAUCGUGGCCGUCUCUCCUGAGUUGUAACAUUCGGUAGGCCUCUGUUAAAAUGCCACGUAGGAACCUUGUCUAUAGUGUUUCCUUGUUUUGUUGUCUCCCUGUCCAUCCAUCUGUGCAUCUGCCUGACCACACGUGUCCAUUGCCAUUUUUAAAAACAUUUACUUUUAACCCUGACAAUCAAGGAUUGGAUCUUUUACUUGCCAGUCAGGGAUCCUUUCUCUGAACUCAAGAAAACCUAAGAGGCAUCUUUCAAACCUGCAGUCUGGAUGCCACAGUAGGUGUUAGCUGCCAUUAAAAUUUCCAGAUGUUACAUAGACGUCACCAAAACAAGCUGUGAAAGAAGUUCCCCAAGUUUCAGAGUCAUAGAAAUACAUUCAAAGCUGAAGACAGACAAAAGUUUAGCAAAGAAUCUCUCCCUGCUUAGGAGAGUACAGUUCACUCUGGACAUGUGCAUCAGCUCAAAGCCAAACAUGUACAUAUAAAAUGUAUAUUCCACAAGUUCACUACACCGCGUGGCAUUGCCAAUCCGGAGUGCAGACUGCGUAGGGCUUCGGCUGUGUCAUGGUGUCGCCAGCGCUGUGAGCUUCCUGAAACUGAGAGAGAUAAAGAUUGUCAUCUAUUUUGAUACCAGAGGAGACGUUUAUUUUUUUAAUGAAAACACCCAGCAGCAAAGACUGAUUCCCCUACCGUCCCUUCAUCAUCCAUGGCCUGAUGAUUCUCAAUGUGAUUGAGUACUGGUCAGGCAGAUUUAACUGUUGAUUAUUUGUGUAAUUGUACAUACAUAAAGUCCACAAAGGACCUUGGUGAUAUGAACAUAAAAACUUGUAAGUUUGUCCGUAAACAUUUGGGAUCUGACUGUCGAUGUAGCCUGAUGAAAACUGAGAGAAUUGAGCCUGAUCGUAAGCUGGAGAACCAGUGCUGUGUUGCUUUUACCAUUUAAACUGUAUAUAUAAAUAUUGAACAGAGAAUCUAACUGGUAUUAGUGAUAAAAACUUGGGUAAAAAAAGUUUUGGGUAAAUGAGAAUUGGUAUCAAAUUCGCAGUACAAAGCAGUACUGGUAUUGGUGUUUCCAGUCCUACCAGUGAGUUCAUUUUCUCUCAGAUCAUCAGAAACCAGAAAGACUUUUAGUAUUUUUUAAGGUUCUUCCUACUUUUUCUUCCUGGGUUUCAUAUUUCCUCUCCUCACGAUUUAUUUUCAGGGCUGAGAACCAGUUAACUCUGAGUUCACUCAGUUACCAAGUAUAUAACAAACACUAGUUAAUUUAAACAACGGUAAAAUAGCGGAGAGCUUAUUUGCUGUAAUAUACGACGAUGAUGAAUCUGUAUGCCUUGUCUUGGCCAAUUUUCAGUGAAUAAUGUUUUAAUUAAAGUUACUUAUUUUGUGUUGUAAGCUUUAUUUUCAAUGACUUCAGUUGAGUAUCAUGUUAUUUUCACUUUUGCACUGUUUUAUUCUCUUACUUUUUUUAUGUGACUGCAGUUCUGCCGUCACUGUAGUGAAAGUGAACUGAACUCAACCUUUUAAAUCCUUUGGUCUUACUAGUAAAGACUGAUGCUGCUGUGGCAUGUUGGACCCCCUUACGGUUGGGUAUUGAACCUCAGUUACCGCUUUGUUACCAACUGAAAUGUGUCCAUAGCACAGAGAAUCAAACACUGUGCAUUGAAUGUCCAGUCAGAUUCAUACUUAAACUAUGUUAUUCUUUUAUCAAAUAGUUGCUGAAGUCAAAAUUUAGCCCAAAUUAGGCAGUUUUAUUUCUGUACGCCUUCGUGUAAUUUGAUAAAAUUCAAAAUAAGGUAUUAGAUGAAGAAAAAAGGCAUUUAUGUUUUGGUAUUAUUGCUAUCGCAUCAACACUAGUAUCAAAAUACUUAGAAUGAUACCCAGUGCUACUACUCUUAAUACGUUAUUAAUACAGACCUUUGCCAACAAUAAACAUUUCAGCAAGUUACGUAAUUUUUGCUCUUCUGUUACAGCAAGUUAAUAGGCAUUAGCUAACUGAAAUACAUAGGAAAACCUGUGAUACAUAGGAAAUUAUGUGAUACUCAUAUCUCAUAAUUAGAUAUUAAAGCGAUUUGGAAGUUGAGAUACACAUGAUACGAUCUUUUUCUAAUAUGAAUGCAGUGGCCUUUAAUUGUCUUAGAAUAAAACUUUGAAGUUAAUUCGUACAUCUGAUUGACCUCGACAUAUUUUGAAAAUGGGACCCUCAUGUCACUGUCAGUAAUGACGUCUGAUUGGUUCUUCCUUUUCCCUCCUCUCUGCCGGCCAAUUGGUUGCUUUCCCUGGAUGCUGUGUUUUGAUUGGUUGCUCAGCCUCUUUUGUUGAUGCACUUUAAUACUGUUUCUCUGGAAGGUUCGUGAAAAGUCUUUUCUUGUUUCCCCCCCAACAUGUAUACUCACCUUUUGUUUUCUAGAGUCUGCUUUUCUGUUUUACCCUUCUAAUCCCUUCUGUUGCUCUCUACUGUCAUUUUUAUUUUCUACCUUUCUUCUAUCAUAAUCACUCUUUCUGCUAUACUUCUCUUCCAGUGUUUUCUAGUCUUUUCACUUGUCUUGUGUUGAGAUUUCUGAUUUGAAAAUGUAUGGCAUUGUUUUGUAAGGUGUUGAAUUGAAAAAGGAUCUUGAAAAACAAGACCUUUAGCCCUGCUAGUCAAUAUUGAACUACAAAUUGUAUGUAUUUGUAGACCGACUGACAUUUUCGCCUUAUGUUGUAAUUUCGUGUUUUAGUUUCUGAUCUCUUUCCUGAAGAAGAUGAAUCUUGUAAUCCCCAUUAGAAUGAUAAUUUUCACCUCCUAUGUAUCUGACAUCUGGCUACGAAAGAAGCAAGAGGAGGAUAUAAAUACAUUUAGUAUUUAAUCACAUCUGUAGAAGAAGGAAUCAACGAAAAUAAAGGGAAAGCAGAAUGAAAGACAAAACUUUCUGAUCCUUCCAGAGAGACAAUGAGAGUUGAGAGAUGAUCAGAUCUGUGUUUGUAGCCAUGGUAACCCCUCGGCUACCAUGACAGCAGGGUGUGACGUGGUGUCGUGUGUGUUUCUACGAUAUUAAUUGUUUUCAGAACGUCUGUUUGUGCGAUCGUCCUGUGCACGCAAAUACAAAAUACACACACACCUACAUACACGUGUAAAUACAAGGCGGCGUGAUGCCAUGUUGUUUCUGUGUUUAAGUUGUUGCACGUGUUCUGAUUCAGGACAGAAUUUAAAUAAAAUUUUAUUGGAAUUUUUUGUUUUUA